GACGGUAGAAGCAAGGACAUGCUGGGAGCCGGCUGUCAUCUAGGCAGGAACCUCCUCGGCGUCCUCUUGCUGUUGUGGGGAAGGCAGAGACUGCCUGAUGUACAGGACAGAGGCUUUCAUUCCAAUAAGCUCGCCUCGCACAGGAAGGGCAGUUCCUUUUUUCUGGUUUCGGUGGAGAGUUGCUUCAUCGGCACUUUGGCACCGAGAUCAAGGAAAAGGACCGAGGAGCUUGAUCUCAGGGGCUCAGAAGGACAGCCUUUUUUGAUGGUGGUGUUGAGAUCUCCAGUGGGGUGAAACCCAUCCGCCAAGAAGCUCAGGCCAGAGCACGAAGGCAAAGCCCCGUCUUAUCCUUGCAACCACCACGGGAGCUGCACAAUGAACCCCUACAUCUUCUGCUAUUAUUUAAUCCAGUUCUGCGGACAUUCCUGGAUAUUUAUCAAUAUGAUCAUCAGGUUCCUGAUUUUUGGAGAAGAUUCGGUCGCAGAUACCUUCUAUUCCAUUGGGCUCGUGAUGCGCGUUUGCCAAUCUUUCUCUAUCCUGGAACUUUUGCAUAUCCGGCUCAGCAUUGCGGAAGACCAUUUUCUCCCAAGGCUUUUGCAGAUCGCAGAAAGAAUCAUCGUCUUAUUUGUUGUGAUUGCCAGUCAAGAAGAAAUUCAAGGGAAAUGUGUUGUGUGCAUCUUAUUCUUCCUUUGGAGUUUCCUCGAUGUGGUCAGAUAUACUUACUGUAUGCUGGCAGCGACAGGGACCUACUUUCGAGAAUUGACGUGGCUCCAUUAUACGCUAUGGAUUCCUCUGUAUCCUCUGUCGGUCUUGGCUGAAGAGUUUGCCAUAAAUGAAUCGCUACCUCACUUUGAAACCUACGGCACUUACUCAACCCAGCUGCCCUUACCAUUCGAUAUACCCGUCUACUUCCCCUACAUACUAAAAAUAUACAUGGCGAUGUUGUUGGGAGGUGCGUACCUCAUUGUCCGAUGCCUCUACGUGGAACGGAAGACUCAACUGGGAAGCUGGACCAUGAAGGCAAAAAGCAGCUAGCUUACCUUUUCCUCAAGGAGUGAGGGAAGUGGCUCGAGGAGUCCCAGUGGUAAAUGCCCUUCGGGAAACUAAGUGCAGUAGACCAUGACUUUAAAACGAGCUACCUUGAGACAGUAAUUUGGAUAUCUUUGGCUUAAAGACGGCCACACACACUCUCGAUACGUAGAUCCCAUUGCACACAUGGCGCGAGAAGUGUUUGUGUGUGCAGCAGAACCAUGAAUCUGGUACCAGAAUUGUGAUUUUUAAAGCACAUUUGGGAUUGGGAAUGUGGGGGAAAUGGCGCCACAGAGCACUCGGCUGCAAUAGAGCUGAUUCUGAGGGUUUGCCCUCAAGGUGUGUGGGGGGGGCUGUAAAGGGGCCCCAGAGCAAAAAUCACCAGCAGCCCUGCCUGGGUCCUGGGGGGAGGGAAAAGGGCACUAAGCCUAGCCUUCUCUGCCCAACACGCUAGUUAUUUAUGUACACAAAUAUUUCUAUACCCUUCCCCAAAUGGAGAAACAUCGUAGAAUGUGAGCCACCCAUUUGCGCAAGCAGUAAGGGCCAGACUUGGAUUACCAUCCUAGUGGAAACGGCCUCAAAGGUUAUAUAAGCCAACACAGGUAAAAGAUAUCGGUGCGAAUAUUUAAGAUUUGGAAUGUUUGUCUUAACUUUUCCCACGGAAUUGGAAUUUCCGGUUAAAUCAUUCACGAACCUCUAGCCACUGGAAACGUAUUUUUUGUUUAAUUGUAAAAAAAAGGAUAUCUUUGUCUCUUUCAACACAUCUAUGUAAUGAAACCUAGAAGUUUAAAGAUUUAUAAUUGUAUAUGCAAAAUGCAGCAGUGAGUAUAUCUAAAACCAAGAGAAGAUUGAUGUUCCGUAGUGCUGAAUGGAUGGAGUGUCAGUCGUGCAAGAGGACUUCUGCUUCCACUGGGAGAAUGUCCACUUCAUCUUCUCCCCCCUGUGCGGUCCCAAAAUCUGUUCCAGGGGGUCCUACAACCUCCUAAGUUGGGGGGAGAGCAGUACUGUACUUUUGUUGGAGAUGCACAAGUCCGUUGCGCUAGUGGAACAGUAGCAUUAGAUACAAACCAUGUGAUAUUACAGGUGAAAUUCAGACUUUGCAUUUCAACUAUAAUACCUGCUUCCCCCCCCCCUGAACCCCUUAAAAACUGCUCCAGGGGAUGCAAAGUGGUGUAAAAGUCAAAGGUAAGGAUUGGGAAAAGGGCAAAAUACUUGAGCUGAUAAAACACUGUUAAUCCCACGGUCCAUGGGAGCCUUAUAAAUAAAAUCAGGCUGGAGAAAAUGUAAGCUUCUGCUCAUUUUCCAUUCUGCUGUGUGCCUGGCAGGCCUCUAGAUUUGGUGGUUUAUUCUCUUUUGAUACUCUCUUUCCCCAUAUGUUCAGAUACUCCCCCCCCAAAAAAACCCCAAUGUCUCUCCCUUAUUGGUCUCUCCAUCCACAGCAGGUGCUGAAACCUUUCAACAGUUUGACUUCACCCCUAAAGGCACACUCCAUUGUCUCCCAAGACAGAAGGGUGCAAACCAACACAUGCUAUAAUCCAGAG